AUGAAGUUUCUAGAUUGGUAUGUGAAAAUUUCAGCUGGUGGGGCUUUAAUUGGAGCUUCUAUGGAGUUGUUCAUGAUCAAGACUGGCUUCUAUGAUAAGGUAACUGUUCUGGAGUCAGAGAAGCGGGCUUGGGAGAGCUCUCCUGAAGCUCAGGCAAUUAGAGAAGCUCUAAACCCUUGGAGAAACCGUGAUGCAGAACAAAGGAAAAAUACCUAA